ACACCACUACAAGUCCAUUAACCAUCGUAAGGACUUAGAAAACUAUUUAUGAAGUGUGUCUCUGGGGAUGAUGCCGUUGCCGCUGGUGCCACUCUCCCUGUCGCCAUGACGAUGCCGCUCAGCCCCCUCUCCAGCGACGAGGAGCAGCAAAGGAUGCUGGGAAACAGUCAACACCUAUAUCCAGGGGCGGAAGAGGAAGAGGAAGAGGAGGAGGAGGAGGAAGAGGAAAUGGACGAUGAUGGCGUGGACGAGGAAGGCGAGGAGGAGAACGGAGAGCUGGAGUUGGAUGACGAAGAAGAGGUGGACGAUGAAGAUGACAUCAGGCGAGGACCAGGGCGUUUGAGAGGAGGCAGGGAAGAGGGGCACAGGCAAAAAGGCACAAUGGCUGGACGACUCCCAGGAGACAGACCGCUACGACCUGGCAACCCGGGCCACGCGGCCAACCCGUAUUCGUCCAACCCUGGACCCACCCACCAAACUCCGGCUAAUCAGCAGCAGCAGCAGCAACAACAGCAGCGGAAGCUACGAGAGCGGAGUUCGAGCAACGCACCUGAUGAUACACACAUAGCUAUGAUGGUCUUUCGGAUUGGCAUUCCUGAUAUCAAACAGACGAAGUGUCUGAGGUUCAACCCUGAUGCAACCGUAUGGAAGGCGAAGCAGCAGGUGUUGUGUAGUCUAACCGAAUCUCUAAGGGAUGUUUUAAACUAUGGCCUUUUCCAACCUGCUACUGACGGGCACGAUGCCAAGUUCCUGGAGGAAGAGAGGCCGCUCCGCGAGUACCCACAAUCCUUUGAGAAAGGCGUACCCUACCUGGAGUUCCGCUACAAAACCAGGGUGUACAAACAGACAAAUCUAGAUGAGAAACAGCUGGCCAAACUACACACUAAGGCCAGUCUAAAGAAGUUCAUGGACUACAUCCAGACCGGCGCUGUGGAAAAGGUAGCCAAACUUGUAGACAAAGGACUUGACCCCAACUACCAUGACCCUGAUACAGGAGAGACGCCACUCACUCUGGCCGUACAGACUGAGCCGGGCGGAGGGGAGAACAUCAGAUUGCUGGUGAUGGGGGGAGCUCACAUUGACUUUAGGGCAAAGGAUGGCUUGACCCCUCUCCACAAGGCCGUCAGAGCACAUGGACACACUGCCCUACUGACGCUGUUGUCUUUGGGGGCAUCUCCUGAUUAUAAGGACCGCCGUGGGCUCACACCUCUUUACCACACUGUGCUGAUAGGGGGCGACACCUCCUGCUGCGAGACCCUCCUGUACCACAGAGCCAAGCUGGGGCUCCGUGAUGAGAAUGGCUGGGAUGAGACCCAUCAGGCUUGUCAAAAUGGGAACUCUCAACACUUAGAGCACCUACUUUUUUAUGGUGCGGAUUCCUCAUCCCAGAACGCCUCAGGAAACACUGCCCUGCACAUAUGUGCUUUAUAUAACAAGGAGAGCUGUGCCCGAAUUCUGUUGUAUCGAGGAGCCAAUAAGGACACAAAGAAUAACAGUGGGCAGACCCCCUUCCAGGUGGCUGUGAUGUCUGGCCAUUUUGAGCUGGGAGAAAUCAUUAAAAACCAUCGAGAAUCAGACGUAGUUCCAUUUUUGGAGUCUCCGAAGUUCGCCCCCCAGAGGAGGGAGAGUUCACGUACUCUUGGAUUGCCCCAUCCUCACCCCUUUAUGAGGGCCAACAGUGACAACAGCAUGAAUGUACCAGACUGGAUCGCCUUUCCCAAUGCUGCUGGAUCAAACAUUGUCUCCGUGCAGGGCCUAAAGCAUGGCGGCACCUUGCGUAGCUCCAGCAGUCCCCGUGGAGCACGAACCCGUUCCCCGUCCCGUGGCCGAACAGGUGACAGAGACGAUCGGAGCCGGCAAACACGUGGAAGACAAGGGGCGGGCUCCAUCAGUAGUCAGGGCACAGCAAGCGGGCAGCGGCGGCGUCUCUACAGCGCCGUGCCUGGCCGUGUGUUUGUGGCCACCCGCUCGCACACGGCCCAGGGGGACCGCGAGAUCAGCUUCAACAAGGGAGACAAAGUCAAAGUGCUGAGUGUGGGCGAAGGAGGCUACUGGGAGGGGACGGUUCGAGGGCGCACGGGCUGGUUCCCCUCUGACUGCGUGGAGGAGGUGGCUCUCCGCAGCCUAGAGACUCGUUCAGAGAGCCGCAGUGAGAGAGCCAAGCGACUCUUCCGACAUUACACCGUUGGAUCCUACGACAGCUUUGACGCGCCCAGUGACUACAUAAUCAAGGAGAAGACAGUCCUCCUGCAGAAAAAAGACAAUGAGGGUUUUGGCUUUGUCCUGAGAGGAGCCAAGGCUCAGACCCCUAUAGAAGAGUUUACUCCCACCCCAGCCUUUCCAGCACUGCAGUACCUUGAGUCUGUCGACGAGGGAGGCGUGGCUUGGAGAGCUGGUCUGCGAAUGGGAGACUUCCUUAUCGAGGUGAAUGGUCAGAAUGUGGUUAAGGUGGGACACAGGCAGGUGGUCAAUAUGAUCAGGCAAGGUGGCAACAGUCUCAUGGUCAAGGUUGUCAUGGUUACCCGGAAUCCUGAUAUGGAGGAAGGGGUCAGAAAGAAAAUCCCACAGCAGAGUAAAAGACUGAGCACACCGGCUAUCGCUCUACGCUCCAAAUCCAUGACAUCAGAAUUGGAAGAGAUGGUGGACAGAGCCUCUGCCCCAUGGAAAAAAAAAUCAGAGUUCGAGUCUUCACAAGCUACAGAGAAGAAGAGGACAGUUUAUCAGAUGGCUUUGAAUAAACUGGAUGAGAUUUUAGCUGCAGCACAGCAGACCAUCAGUACUAAUGAAGCCCCAGGACCCCGGGUUCAGGGGGUAAAAAGAGAACGGGGCAGAGGCUUUUAUAAUGAGCCAAAUUUCGACCAAACGGGAAUGGGGAUGACAUCAUCUGGGGCAGGGCUAGGCUACGAUCGUGGUCAAUUUGUGUCUGGCCAUGGCCCCCCGCACGGUAUGCUGCGACAGAAGUCCAUCGGGGUUCCUGAGGAGGAGAAGCAUCUCCUUCAUCCUCCAGCCAUGAAGUUUGCCCGCAGUCUUUCAGUACCUGGCCCAGAUGACAUACCUCCUCCCCCUACUACAGCUCCCCCUGAGCCCCCUUUCUCCUCAGCUCCACCUCUUGGCUUUAGGGGCAAGACAUCCCAGCAACCAUCUGUUUCUGUGUCCCAAUCCACUUCCUCUUCUGCACAUUAUCAGCUCUACUCACAGUCAGUACAUGUCACUCAUGGACCCAGGGACAGGUCUCCUGGACCACCUACUGGGUCUGGAACCGGGGACAUCCCUUAUUCCCAUGCUCAAGCCCACCCCUCUGUGCCAAGCAGGACUGCCUCCAGGAAGGUUAUUGGGUACACAGGGGACCAUGCAGGGGCUGGAGGAGCAGCAGGGGCCAAGGCUGCAGUGUUGAGAAGGGGCUACAGCAACGCAGUCCCACCCACCAGUGUCGCUACUGUGAUUCCCCAGCAGCAGCAGACUACACAGAGCCAACCUUCCAGGAUGGACCGCAGUACAGCUGGGACAGGAGCAGGGGCAGGUGGUGUACCGAAAGGUGGUGCCCGGAGAGGGAAGGGGCCCUUGGUGAAGCAGUCAAAAGUGGAGGAUCUGCGUCAGGGCCAGGGCACACUGGAAGGGAAGGGGUCCGUGGAGAAGAGCUCCAUUCCCAUCCCAACCAUCAUUGUUAAAGCCCCCUCCACCAGCAGCAGUGGUCGCAGUAGCCAAGGCAGCAGUGUGGAGGCCGAACCACCUCCUCCAGGAGAGAGUGACAGUUCUAAACCCCAACCUGUUGUUCCCCCACCUGCACCCACUGUUCCACCGCCAGCCCCUCCAUCUAUACCUGCUCCUCCACCCCCAUCACUGCCAUCACUUCGUACUCAAGAGAGUUUGGACUUCACCAGCCAGUUUGGUGCUGCCAUAGUAGGGGCAGCUCGCAGGGAUCGAGAGCGAUUCCAUGAAGCACGACGAAAGAGUGCCUCCUUUUUUCUUUCUGCUGAGGAAGAGUUGGGUGGAGCAGGAGGAGCGGGAGGACGGACCCAGACUUCCCAACAGCAGCUGAGUUCCCAACCUUUACCACGUCUGCGACCAUCAAAAUCUAUAGAUGAAGGCAUGUUCUCAGGUGACACUUUUAUCCACCACACACGCAGUAUGCCUCCUGCCUUUGGUCUGCCUGAGUACUCCUCACCUGCUCCUCCUGGGGAUUACCAGCCUAAGUCUGUACCUGCUGACUUCUAUGGGGCAGGAGGCCGACAACAGCAGCAGCAGCAGCAGCAGCAGCAAGCCUCCACGACAACUUUCAUUCACCCAUUAACAGGGAAAGUCCUUGACCCUUCAUCCCCACUAGGCUUGGCAUUGGCUGCACGGGAACGUGCCUUGAAGGAUGAUGGUCGCAUACGUAGGGAGAGGACUACUGAACACCAUUUUAGCCGUCAAUUGUCCAGCAUUGGGGCCUUUCCCUCAUCCACUGCACAACCAACAUCACACAUCUCUUACUCGAUGGCCUCUUCUUCCUCUGCAAACUCUUCUGCUGCUCAGGCUUCGAGCUCCUCCUCAUACCUUGUUACCUCCUCAUCACUAGCUGCCACCACCACAUCCACUCGCCCUCCAUCUCCCAGGAUCCUGCGUGGAGCAGGGAGCAGUUGGGGUGAAGAAGCAGGGGUAGGAGAGCGUGCAGAUAGGGAGGCUGCUGGCACCUCUGCUCCCAGAGAAGGCCUAAGGGUUCGUUUCUCUGAGGACAAAACUGUCCACACGCACCACUAUCAGUCUCAGCACUAUCAGCCCACCUACAAGGAGCGUGAAAGAGAGCGUCAGAGAGAGAGGUCACGAGAGAGAGAAAGAGAGAGGGAAAGAGAAAUAGAAAAAACUCAGACCCAGUUACAGCAACAGUCUACACAGCCAACGACCCAGCAGCCUCGACGCCCCUCGUUCUUGAGGAUGGAGAGUGAGGCUGGGGCAUACAUUCUUUCAUUAACACCACCAUCCCCUCCUGCAACAGCAGCCCCUACACGUCCUUCAGCAGGAGCCACAGGUCAAGGUGGAAGUGGCACAGGUCUGAUGGUUCUUCCUCCCCCAGCUCCCUCAGUAGAUGCAGAUGAUGAGUUUGUUUUUGCUGAUCCUCUCCCUCCACCUCUGGAGUUUGCUAAUAGUUUUGAUCGUGGUUUGAGUUACUCUGCAAUGAUGUCUCACAAUGUGACAGCCCGUCAGCAGCUUCAUCCUCCACCACCACCUCCUCCACCACCUCCUCCCCCUCCAAAAGACUCCUUUAUGACUGGGUUCCCACCUCACACACCCCUGCCUUCACCCCAGGCAGGAGAUUCCACAACUUCCAGUCUUACUUCUUAUGACAGUGAGGUUGCCAACCUAACCCAGUCAGCCCCGUCUCCCUCUUCAUCUUCCCCCAACCCUCUACCGCCUCCCUCCCCCUCUACCUUGCAGCCCUCUGGGCCACCUCCACCUCCCUCUGUAUCACCUCCGCCACCACCCACUUCCUACCAUAGACCAUUUGGCUUAUCUCAGUCGCAACACUUAUACAACAGUACACAUUCUGCUGGGCGCUCCUCUUCUCCCACACCACCUCCUCUCUCUAUUCCAGCUCCACUUGCUUACCGGGGGCCCCCAGUAGCAACAUCCACCCCUGCAACUUCUGUCUCUCUCAGAGGCUCCUCAACUGUGACCGCAAGCUGUUCCACAACUGCUUCUACAACUGUCACCUCUUCUACUACUACUUCUGCUGCCGCUGUCACACCACACACACGCAUGGCAACUGUCUCCACAGUAGCUACAGGGAGUAGCAGGCGGCCUAGCGCAGAGCAUCAUCCACCACCCUGUGCAGCUGCAGCCAAGAGCGGCGAGUCCCAGGAAACAGUGGUAGAUUCUGGAAUUGAGGAGCUGGACAGCCGAAGCAGCAGUGACCAUCACUUAGACAACAUUCUUGCACUUAGUGGUAGUGGGGUCAGAGAGAGGUUAGAGAGAGCAGGGAUGGGUAGCAUAGGAGGAGUUGGAGAGAGAGGUGGGUCGACAGAGGCUGACAGAACAAGUGGGGCAGAUUUUUUGGAGUCUUACAUGAGCUACCUUGAUGGACAGACUUUUGAAAUGCACAAUGCCAAAGCCGCCAGCACUGCAUCCACCUACCCAAAAACACAGAGGUACAGAGACGGCAGCCGGGCCGGAGAUCUUCGGCGCCAAACCAGCACGGCACCCCCUGCCUUCCACCGUCGUAGGGAGGAGGAAGAGGAGGAGGAUGAGGCAGAAGAGGGAGAGGAAGAAGAUUUGAAUGCCCGUGAUGGCUAUGGGAUGAGGGAAGGGCCAGGGAUUGCUCGCUCCUCUGUAAUGUACUUUGACCGCCCCCGCACUCCAGAGAUAAAACCUCUGUGGGGUGAUGGGUCGGCCGGGACAGCGCAGUCCAUGGGGGAGGGAGGGGGCCAGACUGUGGGGACAUAUGUGGAGGCACGUAAACUGCAUCCUCCCGUGUCUGGUAUGAAGGCAAGCAUCAUCAACGAACUAAGCACCAAAUUACAGCAGAGAAGCAAAGGCACGGAGAACUGGGGGGCUCAGAGAUCACUGAGCAGGCAUAGACACAGGUUCUCAGAGGACUCCACAGGUGCACUGAGUCCUCCCUCUGUCCGCUCUAGCUCCCCAUCUCCUGUUCAUCUCUCUCAGCCCGCCUUGUCUCCCUCCCCCACCCCAUCCUCCCAGCCUCUCUACCCAAACUGGGCUCGAUCUCCUUCCCCUCAGCCCCCUGCUGCCUCAUCCCAGCCUCCUCCCCGGUCCCACUCACCUGUUUCUCCCUCUUCAUAUUCGCCGUACCCCACUUCACCCAAACACAGGCCCGUUUACCGCACCAAAGCCCUGGAGUUUCAAUUUAUCCCCAGCCGAGAGUCUCGCAAGGCAGAGUCACAUCAUGCCCAGCGCAGACGAGCACCCAGCCCGUUAAUUUCUCCGUCUGACCGCCCCAAGCUUGGCCCUCCCCGUCCCUCUUCUCUUCCUAUUCUCCCCACCACACCCCUCUAUAGCAGCCUGUAUGACCUCCGUGGUUCUAUUACUCCACCCUCACCUGCCAAUCCCCUUGGAGAUCCCUACUUCUCCCCCUCUCCCCCUCUCUUUGCCCCAUCAGGUGCUCCCCCGCCUCCGAAUUCCUCUCUGGUGGUCUCUCGCUCACUGUCCCCCACCCACUUCCUGUCAGGGACUUCAUCCCCACCUCUCCACCCCAUUCCUCCACCCACUUGCCUGAGUUACCCUCACCUCCCGCCCCCUUCACCCACCAAACCCUUCGCCUCCAAACCACUCCCAUACUGGACCAAGUACGACGUUGCAGAUUGGCUGGGCUACCUGAACCUGGGUGAGCACAGGGAGCGUUUCCUAGACAACGAGAUUGAUGGCACGCACCUGCCCUCUCUUACCAAGGACGACUACCUGGACCUGGGUGUGACCAGGGUUGGCCAUCGCAUGAACAUAGAGAGGGCGCUCAGGAGAGUGAUGGACAGGCUGUCUUCUAGCACUUUCCCCAUUUCCGCCCUCUCCCCUCGAGAUGAACGGACAGACAGAAGGAGAGAUGAGGCCAACCGGAGUUGAGAGAAAAGGAAAGAUGAGGUGACAACUGCUGCCAUCAGAGAUUAUUCCCUGAAUGAAGAAAAAUGCAGGAAGAGGUGACUUCGACAUCAAACUGCCGGCUUGCAGAUGAAGUGAUACAGGAGAAAGCGAGAGAGUUGAAGGCCUGUCGAACUGUGAACGCCUGCGCUUACAUGUGUGAUUCAGUCAACAAAAACAUGAACACCCACAUACACAUCCAUACAUAUCAACAUUUAAACAGAACACAUAGUAUGAGCUUGCAGGCACUCACAAGGUGAUCAAAAUGGAAAUAACUGAAUGAAUCAAAUUGGGGAAUCUAACUCCAUGAGGAAAACCAAGGUUACAACAUGAGAAGGUAACACUACAUAUCUGAGCCAAAUAAUUUGAGGGAAACAAUCAAAAUGCUCUUUAGCUUUGUUGUUUUUCUGUAGUUCUUUAGGAAGAGAUAGGGAGAAAGAGAGAUAUUGAAACCUCCUUUGCUGUCUUUUCUCUUUUUCUCAGAUUUUGGGCCGAGUCUGUAUCACUAACAAAUAUUUACUAACGGUCUCAUUUUUAGAGCAGGUUCAAUGGAGACCAAUGCAGGGAGGGCAAGUACUGACAAACCUCCUGUCUGGCAUGACUAGGGAAGCCCUUAAAAUAGAGGUCAGU